UGCAACGAUGUGCGGUAGUAAACAGAUAUGAUGUGAAAUCUGCGCUAUAUCGCGAAGUAAAUUGAUUAUUUUUCGCAUAAAGGUAACUACUAACCGCGCGGAGAACUCCGACCAAACAUUGCGUGAUUGUAGGUGUAACUAAUAGCAUGACUCUGUUUUACGUUUGCCGAAUAAAUAUGCCCAACGGGUAGGAAUGCAGGUUCUUUAUAUUCCCAGUAGUGUAAUAUCUCUAAUACGGAAUAAAGUAAAAAAUAAGAAAUAGUCGGCUGUGCGUAGCGGGGAAUCACAAGCUGUCCGCGCUUGUGAAUGUGAAGUAUAAAAAUCCACCGGUACGACAAGAUACGCACUUCGCAAAUACUGCGUCUUAUAGUUUUUCAUUAGAGUUUUCGAUUAUUGACACUUGUUUACCGCGAAUAUGUUGGAGCCAGUUUUAAAGUACGUUUAUUACGCUGUUGCCGCAAGUUUCUGGAACACUUAACGCAAUCCUUUGCAGUUGCUCGCGACACUUGCAUCUGACAAGUGAUAAGUAAAGAGAGAAGAAAAUAAAAUCGAAAUUUUUGGGUUUGACACGAAACCGCUCGCUUGUUUCUAGCUUUACAACUAUUGUCUGACCGCUUUUUAGUGGCUGUGGAAAAAUGAGUUCCAAACCAUCUACCCCUGGAAAGGUUACCCUGGGUAUGCUGAAGGGUAAACCGAUAAUGACCUCGGUGCCAGUGAUCCGGUAUCAUGCCAGUGACGAUGAACUUGAGGAGCUUUACCCAAGCACAGAUGACGACGAGUUGUACACUCCGGAGUCUGAGCACCCAUCGACAAAAUCUAGUCCAUGUAAAACUAGUCGGAAUAGAUCUGAGGAUGAAUUGGGAGAAGGCACUAGUCUGGGCAGGCGAUCGGCAAGCGUCGAUGGAAAUUUGUCGGAAGGCACGCCACCCACCGAUCCAUGGAAGAUGUUAUCCGAAAUCAAGGGGAAGAUAACAAAAACUUUUGAGGAAAAAAUUUCUGAGAUUAAAAGCGAGAGGAAAAAGAAAAAACGCAGAAGCAAAGAUAAUUCUAGUGUUAGUGAUUCCGAAGACUUGGCUGACAUCACCCCAACUGAAGAUAAUCUUUCGGAACAACAGGAACUGGAGUCUUCAUCCCCUGUAAAAUUCAGUAAAAAUCGGUCCGCCAGAUUCACAGGAUUCUAUCACAUUAAGACUGGUCUGAAGACAAAAAAUUCUGAAGAGGAUAGUGUUGAGAGUGGAGUAGAGGCUGCGGAGCUCGCCGAGGACGAUUUGUUAUCAAAAUCUAAUUUGGAUGACAAAAAUUUACAAGCUCAGCGAAGCUCGGAUGGUAAUAAAAAAUUACAAACACCUCUGAUCAGACUACCUUUGAAUGCUAUUGAGAAGCUUAUUCCACAGCGAGUAAAGUCCGAACCUGCAUUGACUCAACUUUUUAAGAAAAUAAUUUAUCAGCUUAUCAGCGUUCCCAUAAUACUUCUCGGCGCUUAUCACGUUAUUCCUUUGCCUGAAUACAUUGUUGGUCUUAUUGCUGGAAUAUUUGUUACAAUCACGAUUCAAAGAGCGCUAGCUCUAGUAACUCAGACUUUAAUGACACCUCAGAAGAUUGAAGACGUCAGAAGCGGCGACGAGCAGGUCUCUGUUUUGGAAAUACCUGCAGCAGAGGAGCAUGUCGUUUUGGAUCGAUUUGAAGGGUGGCUAAAUCAGCUGCCAUACAGCUACGAUCCUGACAAUUACCACGUUGCUAGAACAGUUUCAGUUUACUUCAGAUUAGAAGGAGGCAGCUUAAAGGUGAUGGAAACUAAGACGCGAAUACCAAAACGUGAAGUUUGGGACGAGCCAAAACAGAACGUUAGAUACAUUUGGAAGAAAGUCUACACGCUUGCUAAUGCCACAAUUAAACUACUUCCGGAAGGGCUGAUAAGAAGAAGGAGGUGGAGUAAAAAGUAUCCAAUCUGCAUAACAUUCGGUAAGGAUGCUUUAAUUGAGAGUUCUUCUUUAAAUGAGACAUCUGAGGAUGAGAUUCUUCAAAAAAUUGGCGUUGAUGAAGAUGGCACCAUUCAUGAAGAGGAUGAGACUGAUGAAGAUCUGUCUAAGGAUUCAAAAGAAGCUAAAGAUGUUUUUGAAGAUUGCACCGACGAGAGUGGUCAGAGAUCAAAGAUGUACAUUUUUGCACGAACAGACAGACAGAAGGAAGAUUGGUUUAGACGACUGAACGAUGCUGUCAAUACAGCUAACAAGCGUGGCUCAGUAAGUUCUAUAAAUGAGAUAAUCCUGGCAACAACAUCGCCGCCUGUACAAGGCAACAACGAGAGUAAGAAUUCUGUCACUACAAUUGGAUCUUCAGAAAUUCCUAACGAACUGAGUUACAGUGCUUAUAUGGCGAUGUACACAGCGGUUGUCUUACGAUGACAACAGAGACGAAGGUCAAUCUCAUGAAACUCACAAGAGCGGGUUCGAUUUCUGGUAAUGCCAGCGACAUGCCAGGAACCGAUAAGCCAAAACCGGCUCGAUCCCCCAUGUUUGAUAGUGACGUAGAAGAUAGUCCAGAGACAUCUA